GAAUAACCAAUUUCCAAAGAUAAACCAUUAUUUUUCUUCAAAUCCACUCUGUAUAUCUAAAAUUCCAUUGGUUAAUAAUCAUUCUUUGGUAAAAAAAAUUGGGGAUUGGGAUUUGUAAAUCUCCACCCUCAAAACAUGAAUAUGGAAGAACUUUAGUUGAUUCAUUCUAUUGUGGGGAGGUGGAAUAAUUUUCAACUUUUUUUUUCAUUAUCCAAGAACUUUUCAAGUUUAAUGUUGAAGAGGAAUUGAAAAAAAAAAAACAAUCAAAACCCAAAAAAAUUCAUAAAAAACCCAAACUUUUUUCUUCUUUCUUUUUAGGAACUUGAAAAGCCUUGGAUAAUAAUAACAAUAAUGGCUGCUGAAGGGAUAAAAUCAGACAAGGAAUCUCCAAGGGGUGUAUUGGAAAACCAUGGGGUUGGAUCAGAUUCAGAUAGCAGCACUUGCAGCAGCAGCAGUUCAAGCUUGAGUUUACAAGAGAAACCGGUUCCUUCUUUAUCUUCUUCUUCUACAUCCAAUAAGAACAACCUGGAUUUCAAUGGUUUACAAUGGAAGAGUAUAUUUGGGACUUUCAAGAAAAAAUCCCCCAUAAGUUUCUCAAUCUUCCCUUUGGUUACUAGUUAUGAGAUUUCUAGGAAGAAUUUUAUGAAGAAAAUUGCUAAACUUUAUGGUUCUGAGGAAGAUGAUGAUUGUAUCCCACAAGUUAAACCUUCAUGGAAGAAUUUUUCUUACGCUGACCUAGCUGCUGCUACUGAUAAUUUCAGUCAAAAGAAUUUGCUUGGAGAAGGUGGAAGUGCUGAAGUGUAUAAAGGGAUAUUAUCUGAUGGUAAAGUUGUGGCAGUGAAGAAGUUUAUUAAAAAUGACAAGGAAACUGAAGAGAGAGCCGGUGAUUUAUUAUCGGAACUCGGGAUUAUUACGCAUAUUAAUCAUCCGAAUGCCGCUCAUUUGAUCGGUUAUAGCAUCGAUCGCGGCUUGAUUUUAGUCCUCGAGUUUUCGCCUCAUGGCAGCCUCGCUUCUGUGCUUUUUGGUUCAAUUGAGCAGUCCCUUGAUUGGAAGAGAAGGUUUAAGGUUGUUCUGGGGAUAGCCGAAGGAUUGAAAUACCUGCAUCAUGAAUGUCCGAGACGGAUUAUUCAUCGAGACAUCAAAGCGUCCAACAUAUUGCUCACCGAAGAUUACCAAGCUCAGAUAUCCGAUUUCGGUCUUGCGAAAUGGCUCCCGGAGAACUGGGAACACCAUGUUGUCCACCCCAUCGAAGGAACAUUCGGGUAUUUAGCUCCAGAGUAUUUCAUGCACGGAAUUGUCGAUGAAAAAACCGAUGUAUUCGCGUUUGGAGUUUUAUUAUUGGAGAUAUUAACAGGUCGCCGUGCCGUCGAUUCAUCGUCGAGACAAAGUCUUGUCAUUUGGGCAAAACCACUUCUUGAAUCAAAUAAUGUCGAAGAAUUAGUAGAUCCUAGACUUGGAGACAAUUAUAAUCCAACUGAACUAAAAAGAGCAAUGCUAACAGCUUCUCUCUGCAUUAGCCACUUAUCCACCAUGCGACCGAGCAUGAUGAAGGUCGUAGAUAUGCUUAAAAACGGAGAACAAGGUCUUCUAGAGUAUCAACCUAAGUCAUCCGGAGAAAAAGCGAUGAUCAUAGACAACUGUGACUCCCAAGCUUAUAAUCGAACCACCUACCAAAAUGACUUAAACCGUCAUAUGCAGCUGGUUAUGGAGUAAGUAAGGAUUGAUGUUGCUGCUGCUACUAAUUUUUUUGUUAGUUGUUUGUGUGAGAAAAAAUUCCGAGCUGUACAGAGUAUACUGUCGGCCUCGUCGAUAAAAAACAGUGUUCUUCAGGAUAUUUUUUUUCUUUCAGCUUUUACUAUAAAACUGGCUUUUAAUUCUUCAAAAAAACAA